GGGCAGCCGCGGUCCGUCGCCCCCCGCUCCGGCUAGAAGUCAGUGCGGUUCUGUUUCCGGUCCGCCGGCUCCCCUAGCGGGCGACCCGCGGGUCCCCGUCCCGGCUCUGAGGGCGCGGCUCCCGCUCCCCUCGCCACCCCGGUCUCUCCGUCUCCGCCGCUUCCUGCGCGACCCCGGGCCCGCGGGCGCCGCUGCUUUCCGGAGGCCGAGGCGGUGGGGACCCGCGUCUCUCGCCGCCUUCCCAGGUGAGAGCGUGGGCAUCGUCGCCGCGCGCAGGCAGGACUUCUGUGGAGUAUUGCUGGUCAUACAAAAAUGAAGACUGUGGUCUCAGGUGUGGUGCAGGGAGAACUGGGGACCUAGGGCGACCAUCUUGCAGGAUUUCAACUGCUGUGAUUCGUGUGCAGAGCAAACAUUCAUCUGCUUCCAAACUGCCCAGUGCUCUGCUUCCACUCCCAUCCCACUUCCUGACGUAGCUUGUUGUGCUUAGAGGCAACGUUCCCAUAGAUUGUCGGAAGCUGGAGAAAGAAAUGCUCCAGUCUCUCCGUAUGCCUGUGUAUGUACGUUUCCAUUGUGUAAAUGGACCACAGUCUGCCUAGCCAUGGUAGAACUUCCAGGAUUGGAGUAGCUCAGGACUCAGUGGUCAUUGAGGAUGUGGCUGUGGUCUUUAGCCAGGAAGAGUGGGCUUUGCUGGAUCUUGCUCAGAGGAAACUCUACAUAGAUGUGAUGACGGAAAACUUCAGAAACCUGGCCUCAGUAGUCUCCCAAAACCUUAAUGAUGGAGAAAACUUAUCCAGUGAACAUGUAACGGUGCAAUUUAUGAAGAAUGACACCUGGUUCUCCACGUUAGGAGAAAUCUCUGAAUUGCAUGGCAAUGAAGCUCACGAUAAGAACCAGAGGAGACAUGUGAGAAUUAAUACAGUAGAGAACCUCUGUGAAUGUAACGAAGGCAAUCAGAGUGGGAAAACCUUCAGUCAGAUUCCAAAUCUUACUGAGCCAAAAAAAAAUUCUCCAAAAGUAAAUCCUUUUGAAGGCUGUGAGUGUGGAAAAGCCUUCAUGGAUCAGUUACCACACAAGCAUCCUACCAGAUCUCACACUGGAUGCAGUGCCUGUCGGUGUAAGGAAAGUGGAGAAGCCUGCAGUUGUUUCUCUCACCUAGCCACUCCUAUGAGAACUCUUAAUGGAAAGAAACCCCAUAAAUGUAAGGUAUGUGAGAAGGACUUCAUUUGUGUAUCAAUGCUUAAGGAUUCUGUGACAUCACUCACUGGUGAGAAGCCCUAUGAAUGUAAUGAAUGUGGGAAAGAUUUCUGUAGUUGCUCAGCCUUUUGGACACAUUUGAGAGGCCACAAACAUGAAUGUAAAGAACGUUGCGAAACUUAUAGUCAUUCUUCAUCCUUCAUUUUACAUAAAAAAUUUAAUAAUAGACGUAUGCCUUUUGAAUGUAAGGAAUGUGGGAGAGCCUUUAGUGAGGCCUCAUCCCUCACUCGGUAUUUAAGAACUCACAGUGAAGAAAGGCCUUAUGAAUGUAAGGAAUGUGGGAAAGCCUUUAGUCAAGCCUCAUCCCUCACUAACCAUAUAAGAACUCACAGUGCAGUUAGGCCUUAUGAAUGUAAGCAGUGUGGGAAAGUCUUUAGGCAUUCUGCAAACCUCACUACGCAUGUAAGAACUCAUCUCGGAGAGAAGCCUUAUGAAUGUAAGGAAUGUGGGAAAGCCUUUAGUCAUUCCUCAAACCUCACUGCACAUAUAAGAACUCACAGUGGAGAGAGGCCUUAUGAAUGUAAGCAAUGUGGGAAAGCCUUUAGUCAUUCUUCAGCCCUUACUAAACAUACCAGAACUCACAGUGGAGAGAGGCCUUAUGAAUGUAAUCAGUGUGGGAAAGCCUUUAGUCAUUCUUCAGCCCUCACUACACAUAUAAGAACUCACAGUGGAGAGAGACCUUAUGAAUGUAAGGAAUGUGGGAAAGCCUUUAGUCAUUCCUCACCCCUCACUAAACAUAUAAGAACUCACAGUGGAGAAAAGCCUUACGAAUGUAAGGAGUGUGGGAAAGCCUUUAAUUGUUCCUCAACCCUCACUUCACAUCUAAGAACUCACAGUGGAGAAAAGCCUUAUAAAUGUGAGGAAUGUGGGAAGGCCUUUAGUCAUGCCUCAUCACUCACUACACAUAUUAGAACUCACAGUGGGGUUAGACCUUAUGAAUGUAAGGAAUGUGGGAAAGCCUUUAGUGAGGCUUCGACCCUCACUAAACAUAUAAGAAUUCACAGUGGAAUUAGGCCUUAUGAAUGUAAGCAAUGUGGAAAAGCCUUUAGUCAGGCCUCGUCCCUCACUUCACAUGUAAGAAGUCACAGUGGAGAGAAGCCUUAUGAAUGUAAGGAAUGUGGAAAAGCCUUUAAUUGUUCCUCGCACCUCACUUCACAUAUAAGAACUCACAGUGGAGAAAAGCCUUAUAAAUGUAAGAAAUGUGGGAAAGCCUUUAGUCGUUCCUCACACCUCACUUCACAUAUAAGAACUCACAGUGGUGAGAGGCCUUAUGAAUGUAAGCAAUGUGGGAAGGCCUUUUGUGAUUCCUCAACCCUCACUACUCAUAUAAGAACUCACAGUGGAGAGAGGCCUUAUGAAUGUAAAGAAUGUGGAAAAGCCUUUAGUCAUGCCUCAUCCCUCACUAAUCAUAUAAGAAUUCACAGUGGAGAGAGGCCUUAUGAAUGUAAGCAGUGUGGGAAAGCCUUUAGUCAGUCAUCAGCCCUGACUACACAUUUAAGGACUCACCGUGGAGAGAGGCCUUAUGAAUGUAAGCAAUGUGGGAAAGCCUUUUGUGAUUCUUCAGCCCUCACUGCACACAUAAGAACUCAUAGUGCAGAGGCAUUAUGAAUGUAAGGAAUAUCAUAAAGAUUUUAGUUAUUUGUCAUCCCUCACUAAGCAUAUAAGAACUCACAGUGGGGAGGGACUAUAUGAAUGUAAAGAAUGUGGGGAAGCCUUUAGUCAUGUCUCAUCCCUCACUGAAUAUAUAAGAACUCACAGUGGAGAGAGGCUUUAUGAAUGUAACAAAUGUGGGAAGCCAUUUAGUCAAGUCUCAUCCCUUACUCAAGGUGAUAGUUAAGGUUGUGUGUCAAUUUGGCAGGGCCGUGAUUCUCAGUGGUUUGGCAGUUAUGAUGUGGUUGGCAGUUAUGUAAUGAUUUAAUCAGCUGCAGCUGCAUAAUGAGAUCUGAUGUAAUCUCCAUGAUGAGAUCUGCUAUGAGCAACCAAACAGUUGAAAGGGCAUUUUCUUGGGGGUACGACCUGUAUCCGAUAUAUAUGGACUUUCUGGCAAAGUUAGCUGACUUUUGCUCAGCUCUGGGUCCUGCCUUUGGGUAGUCAUCAUCUUAUCUCCAGUUCUUCGGACUUGAGUCAGCAGCCUACCGUCUAACCUGCCAAUCUGGGAUUUGACAGCCUCCACAGCCUGUAAGGUAGCAGCAGCCUGCUCUCUGACCUGCACAUCUUGGGUUCAUCAGCCCUUGCAGCUACACGAGUCGGGAGAAGCCUCCAGGUUGACACCUGACCUACAGACUUGGCACUUGCCACCUUCUAGAACCACGUUUAGGUUUGUGGUUUAGAACCAUGUGAGCCAUUUCCUUAACAGAAAUACGUCUCUCUUCACCUCGCCGUCCCCUCCCACUCCCCCUACCCGCCCUCCUCUCCUUCUUUAUAUGUAUGCUUCACUGGUGUAACUUCUCUAAACCUAAAACACUCAGCAUAUAAGAACUCAAAAUGGAGUUAACCAAAACCAAAACCCACUGCCAUCGAGUCGAAUAUAAAUGUAAUCAACGUGCGAGAGCCUUUAGUGAGGCCUCAUCUCUCAUUUCACACAUAAGAAGUCAUGGUGGAGAGAAGCCUUAUGAAUGUAAGAAAUGUGAGAAAGCCUUUAGUUGUUCCUCGUAACUCACUUCACAUAUAAAAAUUUAGAGAGAUGCCUUAUGAAUGUAAGCAAUCUGGGAAGGCCUUUCAUGAUUCCGCAGCCCUCAUGGCACACGUAAGUACUGACAUUGGAAAGAGGCCUUAUGAAUGUAGCCAUUCUUCACACUUCACUACACAUAAAAGAACUCAGUGCAGAGGUUAUGCUAUGUCAAAAGUGGGAUGUUUCAUUCUUACUGCUUUCAAACAUCAAGUUACUUAAAGUCAGGAAUUAAAUAACAGUUGCUCAGUGAGUAAGAAAGCAAUACUAAUUCAAAGAAGAAAUCAUAAGAGCCACUUCGUGCCUUUGGGAGAAAUGACAGUUUCAUCGUAACUGUGGGGCUGUCACAUAGUGUUUGUUACAUUCUCAAUGCAAGUUAAAUUUUACCUUUCUUAAAGUUUUUGGCUGUUACAAACAAGACUGCAGGGAAUAAACUUGAGCAAAUGUGGUUAUAUA